CAGAAACAAAAUGAGCGAGUGAGAGUGACACACUGACAAGCAGUUGGUUUUCAAUAAGGAAACUGACAUUUAGCAUCGGAGUACUUCUUAAGACACAAGCCUGGGGGACAAGUUCAAGCACCGGGCAUGAACUCACAGACUCUCAGGCCCUGCAGCGGGAGGACUGGAGACUGAAAACAGCUUCAGCAAAGCUCAUCUGCUUUAUCAGGAUGGGCUGCGCUUGCAGUGGCCAGAAACAAGUACAAGAUGACAAGUUCUACAAAGGAAAACACAACUCUCAGGCCUCCCACUCGACAAAUCACAUAGGACGAAGUGGAAACAGCUAUUCGGAUAAUGAUGAUACUGUGUUUGUGGCACAGCAUGACUUUAAAGGGACCAACGACAGUGAUCUACCAUUCAAAAAGGGAGACAAACUUAAGGUUUUACAAGAAAAUGGAGAAUGGUGGGUGGCUAAAUCAUUGGCAACUGGGAAGGAGGGCUUCAUACCAUGUAAUUAUGUAGCCAGGGCAGAUACACUGGAGAUAGAAAGGUGGUUUUUCAAAGACAUAAGUAGGAGAGAGACUGAACGACUGCUUUUAGCCCCUGGAAACAAACCAGGUGCCUUUCUAAUCCGAGAGAGUGAAACCAGCAAAGGGUCCUUCUCACUGUCAGUCAGAGAUCAUGUACCAGAACAAGGAGAUGUGGUAAAACAUUACAAGAUCCGCAGUCUGGACAAAGGUGGCUACUACAUCUCACCCUCGAACACAUUCCUAUCUCUACAGGAACUGGUGAAAUACUAUAGCCGUACAGCAGACGGUUUGUGUCAGCGGCUGUAUGCCCCUUGUAGGUCUAAGGAGCCCCAGCAGCCAUGGGCACAAGACGAAUGGGAGAUUCCCAGAGAGACACUGAAAAUGGUGAAGAAACUUGGGGCAGGGCAGUUUGGAGAAGUGUGGAUGGGUUACUAUAAGAACACCCAGAAGGUUGCUAUUAAGACCUUAAAGGAGGGAACGAUGGCGCCUGAGGCCUUCCUCCAGGAGGCCAACUUGAUGAAGCAGCUGCAGCAUGAACGACUGGUGCGGCUCCAUGCUGUGGUCACUAAGGAGCCCAUCCUUAUUGUCACAGAGUUCAUGAUCAAUGGAUGCCUCCUAGACUUUCUAAAAACAGAUGAAGGAAAAAAGCUAAAGCUAAAUAAGCUGAUAGACAUGUCAGCACAGAUAGCUGAAGGCAUGGCGUACAUCGAGAGGAAGAACUACAUCCACCGAGACGUGCGUGCAGCCAACAUUCUGGUCAGUGAAACCCUGCACUGCAAGAUAGCAGACUUUGGCCUGGCGAGGAUCAUCGAGACAGAAUACACAGCUCAAGAAGGUGCUAAAUUUCCCAUCAAAUGGACGGCUCCAGAGGCCAUCAAUUUUGGCACAUUCAGCAUCAAAUCAGACGUAUGGUCCUUUGGGAUCCUCCUCACAGAGAUAGUCACCUAUGGAAGAAUACCCUACCCAGGGAUGACCAACCCAGAGGUGAUCAGGUGCCUGGAUAGGUCGUACAGGAUGCCAUGUCCGGACGGCUGCCCCGAGGAACUCUAUGACAUUAUGAUGAUAUGCUGGAAGCAGAGGCCUGAGGACCGGCCUACUUUUGAAUUUCUCCAAAACACUCUCAACGACUUCUUUAUUGCCACAGAGGGACAAUAUGAGAUGCAGCCGUGAUAAAAGAAAAAGAAAAUGUUUCCUGUUGGUAACCCGUAGAGACAAAAUGUCCGACAUGAAGGAGGAUGAGGACCAAACAUCUUCUUUAUAACAGAUGCAAUUGAUUUUUUUUAAAACCUUUCAAAUGGACACAUUUUUUAAAGCCUACCUUCUGACUAAAGCUAUUUAUUGGCUUCCUCUGUCUCUCGCAGCUAAGAACGCCUGAAAACAUGUCAGAAAGGCAACGUUCAGAACUGCAACGCAAUGUUUUAUUAUACUGACUGUACUCCUGCCAUUGAUGGCUCCCAUUCUUGAUGACAGCCACAGAGUAUGAGGAGACUGAUAUAUACAAUGGUAAAAAAGGAAUAUGGAAACACAGUACAUGCAUGAUGUAAAAAAGACCUUUGGACCCAAGGAAGUCAGCUCAGGUAAAGUUACAGAUAAAACAUUUGCAUGGUACAGAAACAAGCAGCCUGAGAUUACAUGCACAAUACUUUGCACUUUUUUCCUUCAGUCAUCCAGCAGAUAAAAUAGAAAAUAGAAAAGGGCUUCCUAAAGAGAAUUUUUACUUGCAUACAUGUUUUUUUUUAAAUAAAAAUAUUUACAUUA